AUGGGAUCGUGCCAGGAGCUGGAGACACAUGACGCUGGUCUGCCUUCCGCGGUUGAAAAGGGCACACCGGCGGUCACGCCAGCUGUUGCGCCUGGUGCGCCAGCUGGAGGUCAAGAUGCCGUCAUUCAGGCAACCGAGCCGGAGGUUGAAAGCGCGUUAAAGAAUGAGAAGGACGACGAGCAUACCAAUGCCUCGUUUUCUCAUUUCAUUGCUCCAGCAACGAGGAAGACAAAGUCCCAAGAGAAUAUCGUGGGGGCCGGAAUCACCUUGCCGUUGAUGAAUAUUGUCUUUGGGAAUCUGAUUGGCGACUUCAGUAACGCGGCAGGCAUGAAUAGUGCUACCAUGAGCAAAGUGUCGGCUGGGGCGAUCAACAAGAAUGCAUUGUACAUUGUCUAUCUCUUCAUAGGGAAAUUUGUGCUCGUUUAUAUUUCCAUGUUUAGUUUUAGAUUCGUCGGGACGCGGCUCUCAGCUGCCAUCAGGCUGGACUAUCUCCGCACCUUGUUCAAGCAGUCAAUAUCGGAACUGGAUAAGUUGCCAGCAGGAUCGGCUGCCCAAACGAUUACUGGUGGCGCCAAUACCCUCCAGAUCGGAAUCACGGACAAGCUUGGGACCCUCUUGCAAUUCUCCGCAAUGAUUCUGAGCGCCUUCAUCGUCGCAUUCAAGCAUUCGUGGCAACUGACUUUGGUGACAAGUUCCGUUUUGCUUGGUAUUAUUGUCUUAUUUGGCUUCGUCAUCCCCGUGUGGCUAAAGUCUCAGAAAGCAGUCGACUACGCAAACGGCAAGGCUACGUCUAUUGCUAGCGAAGCCAUCGGAGCGGUUCGAAUGAUUGUUGCCUGUGGUGCUGAGGAGCGCGUUGCAAAAAAACACGGCUACUGGGUCGGCGAAGCAAGGAAACGGGGACUGAGGCAGUCGCCUCUCCUUGGUGCCCAACUUGGUCCAACCUUUCUCUGCGUCUUUGCCGACUACGCCCUGACGUUUUGGUAUGGUGUGAAGUUGUAUAACGAUGGGCACAUAGAUAGUGUGGGCACAAUCCUAAUUGUCCUUAUGAGUGUCUUGAUAUCUGUCAUGUCACUUGGAAGCGUCAUUGCACCGUUGAAUGCUGCCACGAAGUCGGCUGCGGCGGCCGCAGAUUUUUUUGCGAUCAUCGACAAGCCAACACUGUGGCGGGAUGGACUGAGCGAUCCGGAUUUCUUGACCCCUGAUGACAUCAAGUUUGAAAAUGUAACAUUCGCAUAUCCGACACGGCCGCAUGUCAAGGUUCUUGACGACUUUAAUGCCGUAUUUGAAAAGAGCAAGCUCACAGCCAUUGUGGGGCCAUCUGGAUCUGGGAAAUCAACCAUCGUUGGCCUCAUUGAGAGAUGGUAUAAUCUCACGCCAGAAGUGGGAGCCAAGGAAUCUGAAAAAUCCGAAAAUGUUCAGCUUGGCGGAGCCAUCAAGAUGGCCAACCAUACCCUAGACGAUAUAAACUUGAAGUACUGGAGAUCUCAGAUUGGCCUUGUUCAACAGGAGCCGUUUAUCUUCAAUGAUUCAAUAUUUGCCAACGUCGCAUACGGGUUGGUCGGUACCGAGUGGGAAGACGCAGAGGAAUCGAUCAAAAGAGAUCGAGUAAAGGAGGCGUGUGAAGAGUCGUUUGCCGACGAGUAUAUUACCAGGCUACCUCUUGGCUAUGACACACAGGUUGGCGAGAGUGGGAUGAAGCUCAGUGGUGGCCAACGGCAACGACUUGCCAUCGCGCGAGCAAUCGUGAAACGCCCCCAGAUCUUGAUCUUUGACGAGGCCACCAGUUCCAUCGAUGUUCGCGGAGAGCGAAUUGUCCAGGCUGCGCUUGACAGAGUAGCUAAAGACCGAACUACGAUUACAAUUGCCCAUCGAAUUUCAACCAUCAAAAAGGCCGACAAGAUCAUAGUUGUUGCGAAAGGAAAGGUGGUCGAGCAAGGCUCACACGAAGAACUUGUCAAGGAUGAGGACGGUGUAUACCAUAACCUCGUACACGCACAGCAGAUCAUAAUGGGCAGCACCAAGGAGUGGGGGAUUGAAGAAGAUUCUACCGCCUCUCUAGAGGCAACAGAGGUGUCGGAAAAGAUUGCCGUCGAAACAAAGGUCGAUACUUAUGUGCGGAAAGAUGUCUUUCGGAGUUUUGGGGUGUUGCUUUUCGAAAACAGAAGACAUUUGCCUUGGUUGUUUCUGACGAUACUGGGGUCACUGGGUGGAGGAGGUAAGAAAUCGCACCUUGGCGUAUGGAGCUGA